AUGACAACUGCUAAAUUAGAGGCGUUCCAAGUUGAACCUGAAUGCAAAGACAAAACAUCGAUUUUAUCUAAUGCGUCAUCAAGUAAAGAAAAACCAAGAGAAGUAAAAUAUUCUGGUGUUUAUAAUGCUGAAAUAUAUGCUGAAUAUUAUGCAACUCCCAUUAAGAGGUUGAUGAUUUUUAUGUCGCUGUUUUUGAUUGCCUUGGCGUAUGGUCUAGACAAUUCAGUUCGAAACACCUACCAAACAUUGGCAACAUCUUCAUACUCUAAGAAUGCUUUAGUGUCCACAGUUAGUUGCAUUGAACAAGUAUUAUCUGCUGCAUGUCAGAUUUGGUUUGCGAGAGCUGCAGAUAUAUAUGGUAGGCCAAUAAUUCUAGCAGUUGUAACAAUUUUUUACGUAGUUGGAAGUAUCAUCCAGUGUAAAUCCUAUAGUAUCGCUAGUUAUUCUAUCGGAUCCUGUAUAUAUGCAAUAGGUUACGCAGGGGUCAUUUUGAUUUGUGAAGUAUAUGUAGCUGAUUUUUCAAAUCUCAACUGGAGAGUUGCUGCAGGCACAGGUCAAAUAUUACCGAAUGUUAUUAUCACUUGGGUAGGCGGUAAUAUUGCAGGGGCCAUAAAUGAUCGUUGGCAAUGGGGGAUUGGUAUGUGGGCAUUUAUAUUUCCCCUUUCUGUACUACCUAUGGCAAUUUGUAUUUGGCAUAUGCAUUAUUUGGCCAAGAAAAAUGAUGAGAUACUCAAAAGUGUAUGUACCGUUCCUUCAAAUUCUUCUAGAUUAAGGUAUUUUAUUAACAUGCUCAUUUGGGAAUUAAAUUUACCUGGAUUGAUUCUAGUAGUGGUUAUCCUUGGCUUAAUCUUAAUACCAUUAACAUUAGGAGGCGGAUUAAGUAAUAAAUGGAGAACACCAGGGAUUCUGAUACCGGAAAUUCUAGGGUGGGUUGUAGGAAUACCGUUGUAUGUAGUUUGGGAGGCUAAGUAUGCAACACAUCCAUUGAUGCCUUGGAAAGUAGUUAGGGACAGAGGGAUUUGGAGUCCGUUGUUGCUUGCCCUUUUAAUGGAUUUUUCAUUUGGGAUGCAAAGUACCUAUCUAGUGACAUUUCUGCUGGUGGCUGUAAAUCAAUCAAAAACAGCAGCAACUAGAAUAAACAGAUUGUUCUCCUUUAUAAGUGUCUUAACAGGAUUUGGGUUUGGGUUUAUCAUUGUCAGAGUACGCAAAAUGAAAUGGUUUAUAAUUGUUGGAGUUAGUAUAUGGUUUGUUUCAUUUGGGUUACUAGAAAAGUUUCGUGGUGGGGAUGGUAGUUUAGUUGGGAUUAUAGUGGCAGUGUGUCUCUUGGGGUUUGGUAAUGGUCUAAUUAAGUUUCCAUCAAAGACAUCUAUUCAAGCAUGUGUGAUGACGCACGAUAUGAUAGCAUUGGCAACCUCUCUGACAUUGGCUUUGAAUAAUGUUGGUAAAGCCUUUGCAUCAGCUGUCUCUGGUGCAAUUUGGACGAAUAUUUUGCCAGAUCAGUUAGAAAAAUAUUUUAAAAAUGAUCCUGAAUUGGCAAAACUUGUAUUUGAAAAACCAUUAAAAUUUAUAAAACAAUAUAAAUGGGGGUCUUCAGAGAGGAACAAUGUUAUUUCAGCUUAUAGAUAUGUAUGGAGGUUGUUAAUCAUCGUUGGUUUAGUAUUAUUAAUCCCAUUGCUUCUAACAUCCUUUUUCUUAAGAAAUAAAAAGUUAGAGGAUGUUGUGUCGUAUGAUCAAAUGGAAGAAAACAAGAUAGUAAUUUCUGAGAAAUCGAUAGAAGUAACUACAUUACCCGCUAAAAAUAAAACGUCUGAAGAAAUAAAAUCUAUAGAAAGUGUUUAA